AUGAUUCGUUCCUUCAAGGCCAAAAUACGCAUGCACGCUAGUGAAAUGCUGGGGUGUACCUUCAUCGACAGCCCUAUACCUGUCGCAUCAGAUAAGGAGGCUCAAGCCUUUGAACAGCACAAGCAUCCAGGUCCCUCUCGGGCAGACUUCAGGCUCCAUUUGAGUGGCUCGCUGACAUCAAAAUGGAACAAACAAGCGGCUGCAGUAUUUUCGGAAGAGUUCAUCAACCUUGGAUUCUCGGAUCACCAUAAUGACAAGGAUAUCAAACACAUGUUCAGCGUCCAUCUAGCAACUUUGCGAGCUCAGUACAAGAAGCAGCUGACCGGCACUGAAGAGCCUACGCAGGUAGAAUUUGACAGACAGACAGAGGACAAUCGAGAACAUAGACGUCGUGCGCUUCGAGAACGACGAUCAAGUGCUGUCAGCGCACAUUCACAUCUCGCUCGUUUCCAGAAUUUGUGGGACACUAUCCCUUACACGGCGAUGAGUGGCGACGAGUCCGACCACUCACGAGGAAAAGUGAGAUAUGUUGUACUGACACUCUCCGGAAUUCGAGAGAUGGCUGUUGUCUUUGACUGGAUGCAUUUGUGGUGUAGAUUCACACCAGAAGGAAGACCCAAGCACGGCGCAUUUCCUCGAUAUCGCCGUCGUGGAUCCAUGAGGCUCGAGCGUGGUGCAUUACCUGUCAAAGGGCUUCCUGUGAAUUGUUAUGAUACGCAAUGGUUAGCCGGACUUGACCUGGAAGACCGUCACUCCCUCAAUAUUCAACCAGCUGCUGAUCUCACUCACACUAACACCGUUAUGACGUUUGUAUCAUUACAAAUCUUUCACGUUACUCCGCUGACUCUUCCUUCAGCAUUGCUCGCAGAUUCGCCCAUGUCAAGGACAGUACAACACGCCCUCAUCCCUCAUCUACUCCCUGACCAGUGUUGA